AUGGCGUUCGCGCCGCGGCUCCUCCUCCCCACUCGCCCCCCCGCGCCGGCGGCGGCCUCCGCGCGGCACAACGGCGGGCGCACGGCGCCGGAGCUGUCGGGCCCGACCCCGCGGGUGGUGGUGGUGACCUCGGGCAAGGGCGGCGUGGGGAAGACCACCACCACGGCCAACCUCGCCGCCUCCCUCGCGCGGCUCAACUUCCCCGUGGUGGCGAUCGACGCCGACGCGGGCCUCCGCAACCUCGACCUGCUGCUGGGGCUCGAGAACCGCGUCCACCUCACCGCCGCCGACGUGCUCGCCGGCGACUGCCGCCUCGACCAGGCCCUCAUCCGCCACCGCUCCCUCCAGGGCCUCCACCUGCUCUGCCUCUCCAAGCCGCGCUCCAAGCUGCCCCUCGCCUUCGGCUCCAAGACCCUCACCUGGGUCGCCGACGCGCUACGCCGAUCCGCCACCCCGCCCGCCUUCAUCCUCAUCGACUGCCCCGCCGGUGUUGAUGCCGGGUUUGUCACUGCCAUUGCCCCAGCAGAAGAGGCGGUGCUCGUGACCACACCUGACAUCACGGCCCUCCGCGAUGCUGACCGAGUCGCGGGGCUGCUGGAGUGCGAUGGCAUCAAGGACAUCAAGAUCAUCGUGAACCGGGUGCGUCCCGACCUGGUGAGGGGGGAGGACAUGAUGUCUGCACUCGACGUGCAGGAGAUGCUAGGCCUGCCCCUGCUGGGUGUGGUGCCGGAGGACUCGGAGGUGAUCCGCAGCACGAACCGUGGCAUGCCGCUUGUGCUGACGGACCCGCCCACGCCGGCGGGCCUCGCCCUGGAGCGGGCUACAUGGCGGCUGGUGGAGCGGGACGCGAUGACAGCAGUCAUGGUCGAGGAGCAGGAGCGGCCCAAGAAGAAGAGCGGCUUCUUCUUCUCGCUCUUUGGUGGGUGAAACUAACCUCCUGAGUUGGGUUGCUGGGGUUGUGUAUAGGGCUGUAAUUGGGAGGAGACACUGGCUGUUUUUGGUGCUGUUUUGCUUUUGUUCUAGCGUAGCACGAUUCAUUCGACGAGAAGUCAUUUUUUUCUUUCUUUUCAGAAUUUGCUCUGAACUUUAGUUAGAUUUAAUGGAUGCUGUUUUUGUGUUUCCAAAUUCCGUUGUAACUUCAUCCUCUAUUUCCCCCGACUUAGGAGAAGAAAGUAAAAUGGGUUUCUAUCAUUA